AUGAUCGCCCACGUGAUACCACGUGAUUUGGUCUUUCCUUAUCGCGCAUCUACGUCAGUCCCGAUCGUUGUCUCUCUUCGAGUCCUUCCCCAGCGCCACAAGGCUUCGAACCAUUCCUCCUCGAGUACAAACGCCGAAACUCUUUCAGCACGCGAUAAACAAUCCCCGACCCUGACCCCGACCAAAACAGUCGCCCAAGCCGAUGCGGAGCUUCGCGAACGCCUGGAACGAAUGUCAGGUGAUGGAGGAGCUGCAGGAAUCGAAUAUGAAGACGGCAAACCAAGUGCUAUGAAACGUGGCGUGCGCAACAACAUGUUCCGACUGAUAUAA